AGCUAGCGUCUUCGGUCAACACUCCUCCUAUGGCCCUUGGCAGGCAAUCUUAUGUUCUCCCAAACUUGGAACUGAAUGCCGGGGGACUCCGUGCUGUCUCAACCUCUCUCAGGGUGGCACCGGGAAGAGUAGGUUAAGUGGGUAAAACGAAGUGCGUUCUCUCUACUCGGAAGCUGCCAGCGAACUGGCCUAAAAUAAAAAGGUCUCUGUCUGCAAUCCCCGUUUGCUUGCCCGGUAAUCCACCCCCGCCCCCAGCCUGCGCGCCGACCCGUACAGCUGUUUUUAAUCCCUACUUUUCUCACUUGGCGUCCGGGCUGGAGCUGACCAGACGCGGAGCCACUUAGUGUUUCCUCCUCCCCCAGCCCGGGUCUGUCCGGCCUCCGCCGUCUCCUCUUUCUCCGCCUGCAUCCCCUGGGGGGCAGAGUGUGGGAAGAACGAAUUUCCGCCGGGUUUGCUCGCUCCUCAACGACAAGGGUCCCUUCCGGACGCUGCUUGCGCGGCCCCCAGGCUGCCCACCCCAGCUGCGCUCCGAGUCCCCCCGGACUAGGAGCAGACUAGCGCUGGAGAGACGUGGGCCUAGAAGUUGGUGCUCUGCAGCCAAGCCGCACCCCAGCAGCUCUUGGAAAGGAUCCUGCCUGCAGUGGGGGAAUCCACUUGGCGGGGAAAAUCCGCGCCAGGGAAUCCAGCUCUCCGGACUCCAGAGCAAACAAAAAGCACCAACUCUUGUUCGCUCUUCCCGCCCCCGAUGCGCAACCGAAGAAACAGCUUUCUGCAGAAAUGCAACAAGUAGCACCCGGGGUUCACCCAGCAUCCAGCCUCUCCUGAUUUGGCUCCGCGAACUCGGCCUGCGGAGAUCCAGGCCAGCCACCCGGACAAAGGGCGGAGGAAGAGCUGGACAGAGCAGCAGAGAAGUCCGAAAGAGGCCUUUUAGCGACUCUGUCCCGGCCGAGGGGAAUGCAGAGGAGACACGGAGCGGGCCGGCCCAGAAGACGAUCCGGCCGCAGCGCUCUGGGCAGGCGGGGAUGGAGGGUGUCGGCGCCGUACGCUUCUGGCUCAUGGUGUGCGGCUGCCUGGCAUUCCCGCCGCGGGCAGUGUCCGUGUGCCCCGAGCGCUGCGACUGCCAGCACCCCCAGCACCUCCUGUGCACGAACCGGGGGCUCCGCGCGGUGCCCAAGACCAGCUCACUGCCUAGUCCCCAGGACGUGCUCACUUACAGCUUAGGCGGCAACUUCAUCACCAACAUCACUGCCUUCGACUUCCACCGCCUGGGGCAGCUAAGAAGGCUAGACCUGCAGUACAACCAGAUCCGCUCUCUCCACCCUAAGACCUUCGAGAAGCUCUCGCGACUGGAGGAGCUGUACCUGGGGAACAACCUCUUGCAGGCUCUGGCUCCUGGCACGUUGGCCCCGCUGCGCAAGUUGCGCAUCCUUUACGCCAACGGUAACGAAAUUGGCCGCCUGAGCGGUGGCUCCUUCGAGGGCCUGGAGAGUCUAGUCAAGCUACGGCUAGACGGGAACUUGCUGGGAGCGCUGCCGGAUGCAGUAUUCGCUCCCCUGGGCAACCUGCUCUACCUACAUCUGGAGUCUAACAGGAUUCGCUUUUUGGGCAAGAAUGCCUUUACCCAGCUGGGCAAGCUUCGAUUCCUCAAUCUCUCUGCCAAUGAACUGCAGCCCUCCCUGCGCCACGCGGCCACCUUCGUCCCUCUGCGUUCCCUCUCCACUCUAAUCCUCUCGGCCAACAGCCUGCAGCAUCUCGGCCCCCGGGUCUUCCAGCACCUGCCACGCCUCGGCCUGCUCUCCCUCAGUGGCAACCAGCUCACGCACCUCGCGCCAGAGACCUUUUGGGGGCUGGAGGCCCUGCGCGAGCUGCACCUGGAAGGCAACCGGCUGAACCAGCUUCCUCUGGCAUUGCUGGAGCCUCUGCACAGUUUGGAGGCACUAGAUCUGAGUGGCAACCAGCUUUCUGCUCUGCACCCUGCCACCUUUGGCCACCAGGGCCGGCUACGUGAGCUCAGCCUGCGUGACAACGCGCUCAGUGCCCUUUCUGGAGAUAUCUUCGCCGCCAGCCCGGCUCUCUACCGGCUAGAUCUAGACGGCAACGGUUGGACCUGCGACUGCCGAUUGAGGGGUCUGAAGCGCUGGAUGGGCGACUGGCAUUCUCAGGGUCGCCUCCUUACGGUCUUCGUGCAGUGUCGCCACCCUCCGGCUUUGAGGGGCAAAUACCUGGAUUACCUGGAUGACCAACUGCUGCAGAACGGGUCUUGCGUGGAUCCCUCCCCUUCCCCCACAGCAGGCAGUAGGCAGUGGCCGCUACCCACAGCCACAGGGGAAAGAAUGACGCCCCCUGCAGGAGGUCUUGCGCAGAAGCUGCCACCUCAGCCGCAGCCCCAGCAGCGGGGGAGACUUCUACCAGGAGUGACCUGGGGUGGGACUGCCAAGGAGCUGGUGGGCAACCGCAGCGCAUUAAGGUUGAGCAGGCGGGGUCCAGGCUUGCAGCAUCCGGGCCACUCUACCGCUGCUGCUACAGGCCCUGCCCUACAAUCCCUGGACCUGCAUGAGAGGCCGGAGCGAGGACGUCCCACUCGGGCCAAUCUCGCCUUGGCGGAGCCCACCCCGACGGCUGAGCCCGCCUCUGGGACACCAUCUGCCAGGGACAGCUGGCAACGCGCAGCAAAGCAGCGCCUGGCUUCGGAGCAGCAAGAACGCGCUGUCCAGUCCGAUGGUGGGGUUGGCUUGCCCCCGCUGGUGUCUGACCCCUGUGACUUCAACAAAUUCAUUCUGUGUAACCUGACUGUAGAGGCGGUGAGCGCCGACAGCGCCUCGGUGCGUUGGGCGGUUCGCGAGCACCGCAGUCCCCGGCCUCAGGGCGGCGCACGCUUCCGCCUGCUUUUCGACCGCUUUGGCCAGCAGCCCAAGUUUCAGCGCUUCGUCUACCUGCCUGAGCGCAGCGACUCGGCCACUCUGCAUGAGCUUCGCGGAGACACUCCCUAUCUAGUGUGCGUGGAGGGCGUGCUCGGGGGUCGAGUCUGCCCCGUGGCUCCCCGGGACCACUGCGCAGGCUUGGUAACCCUGCCAGAAGCAGGAGGUAGAGGCGGUGUGGACUACCAGCUCCUAACCUUGGUCUUGCUGGCUGUCAACGCGCUGCUGGUGCUCCUGGCUCUGGCGGCCUGGGGAUCGCGGUGGCUGCGCAGAAAGCUGCGAGCCAGGCGGAAGGGAGGGGGCCCGGUCCACGUUCGUCACAUGUACUCCACCCGACGGCCACUGCGCUCCAUGGGCACUGGUGUGUCCGCGGACUUCUCGGGCUUCCAGUCUCACCGGCCCCGCACCACUGUGUGCGCUCUCAGCGAGGCGGACCUCAUUGAGUUCCCAUGCGACCGCUUCAUGGACAGCUCGGGCGGUGGGACCAGUGGCAGUUUGAGGCGGGAGGACCACCUCUUGCAAAGAUUUGCUGACUAAGUUCAGUGCCUCAGGGUUGUGAAAACCAUCUCAGUGGCUUGAGAAGCCACUCUCCGUGGCCCGGUGCCAUUUCAGAGGAAGAACUUGUUUUAUUUGACCCGUUCUUUCUCUCUCUUGUGCGUUUGCUGAAGCUGAUGGUACUGAAAGUGAAUCAGGAUGCCACCCUUUCCCACCUGAGUACUCGCACAGCAAAUGGACGGUUCUUGGUAGUCAGACCCCAGAGGGAGGACAAGUGAAUGAUGGAGUAAAGGUGGGAAGCGCUGGCCAGUCUAGGACAUGGCUCCUGUGAUACUUCAGCACAGUAGUCCGGCCAACCUUGGGCUACAAAAGAAAGUGUGUUUUUAUGCUCCUGCCACGACUAGAAAACUCUGGUGUACACACAUUUGUUUACUCUAUGGCAAACAGAGUUCCGUUUCUAGUUAAGGAAGCGG